AUGGGGAAGCGUCGAGAGGAGCGGUCUACUUCUGACGACGCGGACUCGUUAGGCACAGAGCUCAGUGAUUACAUUAUCAUAGAUGCCGUGCCAAAAACUUCCUUAGAUGAAUUUGCAGAAAGGAUUUUUGGUGACAUCACCAAAGCUUCAGCUUGCAAACAGCUUGCAAUAGGUGGUGCCACUGGAUGGGUUACUGGCUAUCUGGCAAACAAAUUUGGAAAAAUGGCUGCUAUCAGUUUGGGAAGUACACUUCUUCUCUUCCAGAUUGCCCAACACAAUGGCUAUAUCACCAUUGACUGGACCAAAGUCAGGCAUGCUAUGACUAAAGCUCAGGCUAAAGCUAAGCAUACAAUGCUUAAACAUCAGACCAGUAUCAUUCAGAAGGGCAUGAACUUCUAUGAAGAGAACUUCUUCCUGGCUAGUGGAUUUGCUGCAGGCUUUCUGGUAGGAUUCAUUUGGUGA